GUUCUCAUCGAAGCUGCACUGGGAGCUCAGCACGACCCUGACCACCAACCAUUUGCUCUCCAUCGUGGCUCUAGCCAACACUCUCAUGUCCAUGAGCAACGCCACCUUCAUACCGGAGCAGGAGUUUAACCGGAGGAUGCACAGACCUUCCACCAGGAGCUCUUCAUCAUGGGCUGGUGACGAAGAAAGGGCUGAGCAGCUGGCGGCCCAGCAGCAGCACAUUAAACAGGGCUGGUCUCUCCUGGCCACGCUUCAUUGUGUGCUGCUGCCUGAUAAGGUGGUGGCUGCCGGAGCGAAAAGCUUCAAGCGUCCGCAAGUUGAAAUGCUCGCCCGCAGAUGGCAGCACCACUGCCUUGAAGUGCGCGAGGCGGCGCAGGCGCUACUUCUCGCUGAGCUUGGAAGAUUGGGUCCUAAAGGUCGAAAGGGUCUGGUUGACAACUGGGCGCAGUACCUGCCGUUAUACACGCACACAGAGAGCAUCAACCCCCACGCUGCCCACAAGGAACCCGCUGAGAAGGCCGCUAAAGCUGAGGAAGAGUUUGAGGAGGAGGAGGAGGAGAUAGUCCGCAAGCCCUCCUCCCUGGCGGAACUCAAGCGCAAGCAGACAACAGCUGUAGUUUUACUCGGCGUGAUUGGUGCUGAGUUCGGCCAAGAUAUCACUAGUGAAGGGGCGGCGGGCAAUAAGAGACGCAAGGAUGGAGACAGCAGAAAGAGCUCCGUCGUAGAAGGCUUCACUUUAUCAGCCUCCAACAACCUGGCGCGGCUGACGGCGCUCGCGCUCACACACCUGCUGCUGUCGCCGCCGUGCGCGCGCCUCCCCGCGCACACCCCGCUGCGGCGCGCGGCCGUCGACUUGCUGGGGCGAGGGUUCACUGUGUGGGAGCCCUAUUUGGACGUCAGCCACGUGUUGCUAGGUCUGUUGGAGAUGUGCUCAGACGCGGACAAGCUCGUGCCGUCCAUGAGCUACGGACUGCCGCUUACCGCGCAGGCGGACUCCUGCCGUACAGCGCGCCAUGCACUUACCCUUAUCGCCACCGCUAGGCCAGCUGCCUUUAUAACAACCAUGGCGCGCGAGGUUGCCCGCUGCGCCGCCGCCCAACAAUCCGGGCAACCGUCACCAGCUUACCACGCCCUGCAGAAGGGCAGAGCUGAGGUCCUCAGGGGCAUCGAGCUGCUUAUCGAUAGGAUGCAUAAUGAGGUCGCUGAAUUACUGGUUGAGGUGAUGGACAUCAUUCUGCACUGUGUGGACCAGUCUCACCUGAAGAGCAAGGGCCUCAACGAGGUGUUUCCCGCCAUCUGCCGCUACAACCAGGUGUCGCACUGCCCCGCUACUAGGAGGAUCGCAGUGGGCAGCCACACUGGCCAACUGGCCAUGUACGAGCUUCGCGCCGGGCGCUGCCAGUCUCUCGCCGCCCACAGCGGACCGGUUACCGCCUGCGCCUUCAGCCCUGACGGACGAUAUCUCGUGUCGUACGCCACUGCUGAUAAUAGGCUGUCAUUCUGGCAGAGUACCGCUGGUAUGUUCGGUCUGGGCGCGGCGCAGACGCGCUGCGUGAAGUGCUACAGCACGGCGCCCAUGGCGGACGUGGCGCGCCUCAACCCCGCGCGCCUCGCGCGCCUCGUGUGGACCAACUCGCGCACCGUCACGCUCAUGCUCGCCGACGGCUCCGAGACGCGCUUCAACGUAUAAAACUACUUACAUACAUACACUACACGCACAUAUACAUACAACCACGCCUUAUAUACAUACAUACACACAUACAAUCACGCUCAUGCUCGCCGACGGCUCCGAGACGCGCUUCAACGUCUAGGCGGGUUGAGUACGAGCUCAACCUACCUAAACGCCACUUGCACCAUACCACUAACCCGGGGUUAACCAAUUAAACCUAGAGUUACCAUGGUUACCAGUACAAUUUGACACUGGGUUACCGGUUUAACCGCUUGACUCCGGGUUAGUGGGAUGGUGCAAGUGGCCCUAAGAAGUGAGAUUCAUCAAAAAAAAAAACUAGAGAAUAAUUUGCAACGAGAAUAUAGCUAAUUUCCCUUAUUUACCUUUUAUUUCCUACGUACCAAUGCAAAUGUAAUAGUCUAAAUUGCAUUGAAAAUUAUGUUUUAGCAUGUGUUCAAAACUAGAAAGAUUUAAUUUCAAAAACAUGUAAAAAAUGUUUUUUUCAACAAUGAUCCUGGUCACGGCACCAAAUGGUAACAGUUUUAUAAAUAUCUGAUAUUUUAAAACUCCUAGUGAAAGAAAUCUUCGAAUACUUAUUAUUACCUUUCGAAUUUUUAGGAAGUAUAGGUACAUAACGAAAAGUAACUUUUUCUUUAAAUAAAUUGUCAGUAUUAUUAAGAUACUACUGACAUAAAGUUGCAAUUUAAUAUUAAGUUUCUGUCUGACGUUUUAUUAAAAAAAUAUCUUAAGCAAAUCUUGUUUCAUGUAAUAUAUUUAAUAAGUCUGUGGACAUUUCACAUGUUCUAUUGUCCCACGCAAUAACAUCCAUAAUUAAUCACCUAUGGUAGAAGUACUAGUGCUCGACGCUGCACUAAGGUCGCCUCCAUAAACUCGCGAACUAAAUUGACAUGAGUUUGACAAAUAAAAUGAUACCAGGAAUAGCAACGAAAAAAUAGUCACGGUAUAUGUCGAUAAAAUGAUAUCGAUAAGUAUAGGUAAGUUAUUGCACUUACUACCCAAGUCAUAAUUAUAAAGGGGUCACAACCGAUUUCGAUUUAUAUGAAUGUGACGAGAAAAGUGGUUGAUUCGAUCGUAAGAUUGAGAUGUGACAUUACCGAUAAAAUCAGGAGCUGCGAAACUGACAAAUUUCUAUGUUAGUAUGCAGGUUUGGGGGCAAGCAAAAAAAUAAGAAAUAAAUAAAAAACAACGGGUUGCACUCCGGGAGUGCCGACAAAAGUGAAAACUCAAUGACUAGUCCAAAAUGUCUGCAGCACUAUGUACAAUUGACCCAUCCUCCUUUCUUUUGAAAAACUUUAGUUCCGAAAUUGCUGGCCAGUGAGCUUAAAUUUGUAACGUUAAUUGUUUAAAAUUCGAAUAGAAAUUGUAAAGUUACCUUGCAGACCUCGCAUUAAAUUUGGUCAUGAUAUUUUGAGUUUUAUUCACCAGUACAGUUCACUUUUAUUAGCGAUUUCAUCAAGAUGUAGCUUUAUUGAAUUAUAUUUGAGUGAUAAAAAGAACGUAACUGUGAGAUCCUCGUAUUUCAGCCCGUACCAGUUUAGAACAUUGAACUUUAUUGCUUAAUAUAAAAGUCCAGUUUUAAAUAAUUGACCUGAUUACGAUACGUUAUGACUAAAGUUCUUUGGUGAAUAACAUUGUCCGUGACACAUGACGUCAGCGUUACGUUACGCGUUAUGCUGAAUCGAGUUUAUCAUUUUUUUCCCCACCUCAAAAAGUGCGCAGCGCCGUUAAAGAAGUAUUCACUUCAAUAAAGCGUUUAUUCUCAAGCUUACUUACAUCUAGAUACAUUACAUUCUUCUGCCAAACCACAGAGCUUCAAGAAAAAGAAGUUGUUUAUUUCAAGAGCUCAGUUGUCGCCAUAAAUCUAAAAUUGGUGAUUUAAUUUUAUACAGGUGGCCGGUAGAUGACACAAAUUAAAUGAGAAAUGUAUCAUAUAGUAUGAAAUAUUUCCCCAUCUGGGCCGGCCUUUUUUGUAUUUUGAGCUAAAAUCACUGUUUUUAUGUUAUCACCUAACUUGUUAUUCAAGCUGUAAGUUUUCCUAACAAAUAUAAUAAAAUAAAUUAUUUAUUUAAUUACAAUUAUGUUCAUCCAAUAUCCUUGCACACUAUAAAAUUGCACAAUUUUCGAAAUACCAAGUAGCAUUUGUAAAAUAUUUUUAAAGUUACUUAAAGAUACAUUUUAACUGACCGCACAACAGUAGUGCCACUAGCGGUGAAUUGAGUGCUGUUCAUAUCGAUAUUUUCAAAAAAGUUUGAAUAUUCUCUAAUUCAAACUUUUUUGAAAAUAUCGAUAUGAACAGCACUGGCCAAACUGUGGUAUCAUUUGUGCACAUUGACCUGUCAAUUUAGUUCGCGAGAAUCUGGAGGCAACUGUAGUAUUCGGCAUGGGCACUUUAUGUCAAAGUGGAUUAAAUUUGAAUACAGAAAAACCUUCGCCCUUCGAGCAACACCGGCUUCCGACAUGUCGGAAGGGAGGGGCCCAAGCGAUAUCUCGCCGUACAAAUCUUUCUGCCAUUUUUCGCGGGGGGAAAGGUGCACACAGUCGCAUUUCUCACACACUUACAUACAAAAUCCAAUCUGUAAUGACGACACAAAUACAUAGAAAGUGACACACGUCAAAGACAAACCUUGCAAACCUCGAUCUCUUUUUGUGUACGGACGAGUGACUAGUGUCACAACACGCACACUAACACAUUUUCGUUGAAGUAUGUCAUUGUAUUCUGAGAGAUGAGAAGUCGGAUUUGUCGCUCGACCGAUCCGCAAUUUGUACUGAGCGAGCAAAAUCGAUAAAUCCAACAAUUACUUGAGACUAAAAUGUAAUAAUUGUAUUUAAAUGUAAUUUAACGUAUGAUAUGUAAAAAAAAAUUACAUGUGAAAUGUAACACUUUCUAUUUGUAAAGUUGAUGUCCCCGACCUUUUUUUAUAACAAAAAACCGAGCAAACAGGCAUUUUUGUGCAGCAGUGUUCACGCGCGCGUCUGGAUUCGGUCUAGUGAAAAAUCCAAGUGCAACUAGUUUUAUUACCCGCGCUAGAUUAAAUUGACGCGCUAAUCUUGUACCUCGGCAGAGGGGAAAUAGUGCGAAUGCCGCCUCCCUUCCGUGUUGCUCGAAGCCUUCGCCGUUCAAAUUUAACCUAUAUUACUUUGACAUAAAGUGCCCAUGUCGAAUACUAGUGCAGCGUCGAGCACGAGAAUUACUAGCUUAUCUAUUUAGUAAAAGUAUUAAAGAAUGGCUGCUAUUUAACUGAUCACCAGAUUUAAUAAAAUUUAAUACCAAAAAAAUCUACUUUACCACCCUAAAAUAAUGAAUGAUCACCAAAAUUAUAACACCAUUUUAAUGUGAAAUGAUUACCAAUUUUAUUACAUUUUACUAUCCUAUUAAAGGAAAUGACACCAAAUUAAUCAUUAUUAACCCAAAAAUUGUAAAUAAUUACCAAAUUUCAAACCCCAAUUUAAUGUCAAUUGAUAACCAAAUUUUUACAUCAUGCUAUCCUAUUAAAUAAAAUGACACCAAAAUAAUCAUUGUAAACCCAAAAAUAGUAAAUGACCACCAAAAUUAGAACUACAUUUUAAUGUAAAACUAUAACCAAAUUUUUAAAUCUUGCUAUCUUAUUAAAGCAAAGCAAAAUUUUCUAGUAGCAUUUCGUUUCUGUAUGGGUUGCAGUUCAAACCUAACCUAACCCACUUUUCUAGUAGCAUUUCGUUUCUGUAAGGUUCGCAGUUCAAACCUAACCUAACCCACUUUUCUAGUAGCAUUUCUUAUCUGGAAGGGUCGCAGUUCAAUCCUAACCUAACCCACUUUUCUAGUAGCAUUUCGUUUCUGUAUGGUUCGCAGUUCAAACCUAACCUAACCCACUUUUCUAGUAGAAUUUCGUUUCUGUGUGGGUCGGAGUUCAAACCUAACCUAACCCACUUUUCUAGUAGCAUUUCGUUUCUGUAAGGGUCACAGUUCAAACCUAACCUAACCCACUUUUCUAGUAGUAUUUCGUUUCUGUAAGGGUCGCAGUUCAAACCUAACCUAACCCACUUUUCUAGUAGCAUUUCUUUUCUGUAAGGGUCGCAGUUCAAACCUAACCUAACCCACUUUUCUAGUAGCAAUUCGUUUCUGUAAGGGUCGCAGUGCUAACCUAGCCCACUUAACUGACAGCAGUACAAACCUAACCUAACCUACUUUUCUAGUAGCAUUUCAGUAUGCCUACCUAAGGUAUGCGAUGCGGGGUACGGGGGUUGAGCGGGAGGGGCUAGUAAUUUUGGCAUCAUUUUACUUUAUUUGGUAAUAUGUAUAAAUUUUUUGGUAUCAUAGUGGUUUAUUUAGGUGAGAAUAUCGCAUUUAUUUGGUCUUCAAGAUUUGGUGAUCAUUAAUGAUUUUUGGUAAUCAUUCAAUAUAUUUGGUAUUCGAAUACAAUUUGAAGUGCAGUCGUAAUUAAAACGGUGGUACUUUUGUAAUUUUAGGAAUUAUAUUUUUGGUGAUCAGUAAUUUUUUUUGGUAAGCAUGAUUUUUUUAUUUAGGGUACCAAAGUAUUUUUUGGUGGUCAUUAUAUUUGUAGCCUUAAAGAAUAUUGUCAGCAAAAACGAAAUGUGACAAUACUGUUUUAUGUAAGUAUUAUGAAACUAAUAAUCAAUGCACACCACCUUAGAAUAUUUCCAAUUAGUAUUUAAUGAAUAAUAAUGUAUUCUCUUGUACAGUCACCUGCAAUAACGUUACUCUUCGAGGGCCGCAAAAGUAUGUGACACGCUCAUCUGACACAGAUGAAGAGGCCUUAUGGCUCUACACAUAAGAUCGUCUCAGAUAUUUUCGAGGCCUUCGUUGUGUAAUAUAUUAUUGCAGGUGACGUACGUUUGAUGUUGUAAUUCGUUUAUGUGAAAUGUGAUCUAAUAAUGCAGAAAUUCACACACACACACACACCUUUAAAACGUUAGUGAAAAUAAUGUAAGGUGGCGGUACUGGUGUUCGACGCGGUCCCAGUACAUGUCAUCUUGAAACUUACGUCAUUGUCAAUAGAGGUGACAGCAGGGUGCCAUCUAUUGAGCCUUAGCAUGUCGAGCACUAGUACCACCACGAUAUACCUACUGAUUUAAUUGUUAUUUAAAAAAGUAGAAGUUUAUUUUAUGGGUUAAAGUCAAAAUUAUUUAUUGAAUUUGAGACAUCAGUCCUUAGGAUAUUUAUUGUUGAAUUAUUAUAAAAAUGUGAUGUAAAUUAGAACUUAUAAUCUAGAUUUAAUUAUAUUUAUUAUCUUUCACUAUACUUAUAUCGUUAGCACUUAUGUAAAAAUGUGUAAUCAUUAAUCAAACUAUAACUAGCGAAUAUUUUCGAACCCAAAUAAGUUUAAAUAGUUAUAUAGGUACUUACGCUGGUAAUACGCUUUUCAAAUCCUUCUGCUUCUAAUAUUAGAAUUAGAUUAGUUGUAAUUUAUUGUUCAAUACAAUUUUCGUGGGUCGCCACUCGAGAGACAUCUAGUAUCAUUAGCGGUACUGAUAAUUGCGCUACUCGAUGCUAGAUGUCGACUAUGACAAUACAAAUAUUUUUGGCACCAAAACUGAUAUAUGGAGUGAGCACUCUUGUCUUACUAUAUUUCUCUAUGUCUUGGCUUGGCCAGAUUUUUGACUUGUUCAGACUUGGCAAGCGAUAAAGUAUGGCGGUUCCUACAAAAAUAUUACGUUUACUGGCGCUGCCAGACUUUGUCGCUGUCAUGCCGACACCUGUUUGGUUGCUCUACUCUGUAAACAACGGGGCAAGCAUCUGCCACUAAACAUUUUAUUUAUUUAUUUGGAAUGUUUAACCUUUUGAGCGAUUGUCUAUUCAUAUUGUGCAUUGCCAUGUGAAUAUGAACCUUAUAUAAACGUGAGAAGGUCGCUAUUGCAGUCCCGACUGCGAUCAAAGGGUUAAUGUGAUAUUUAGCACUUCUAUUUGUCCUUGUUAGCAUUUAUGUUUAUUGAUGUUUUUAAUGUUACAAAUUAUAAUAAAUCAUUGCUAUUUA